AUGCUGAAAACCGUAUUGAUUAACACAUCAAAGCGUUUGCUUUCCAGCAAAGUAACACCACAUCAAGAGGCGCUCAUGGCCAGAGGAUUGCCCAAAAAGCAACCCCUACCCGGAGUUACAAAUAUUGUGAUUGUUGCAUCGGGUAAAGGUGGUGUGGGUAAAUCUACAGUUGCGGUAAAUUUGGCCGUAUCACUGGCGAAUCUGGGCAAACGUGUUGGUCUAUUAGAUGGGGACAUAUUCGGACCGUCUAUACCUCUUAUGAUGAAUGUACAUGAAGAGCCGUUGGUAGAUGAAAAAAAUCUUAUUAUACCACCGAUUAAUUAUGGUGUCAAAUGUCUAUCGAUGGGUAUGUUAACCCAUCAAGGUGAUGCCGUAAUAUGGAGAGGCCCGCUAGUUAUGUCAGCUCUGCAACGUUUACUAAAGGGUGCCCUUUGGGGACCAUUAGAUGUCUUAAUAGUUGAUACACCACCGGGUACGGGCGACGUGCACUUAUCCUUAGCACAAAACGUACCAAUUUCCGGUGUGCUUCUAGUGAGUACACCACAAACUGCGGCCUUAGAGGUAACCCAACGAGGUGCACAAAUGUACAAAACCUUGGGUAUACCAAUAUUUGGUUUGGCCGAAAAUAUGGGCCACGCCAUUUGUGGCAAUUGUCAACAUAAAAUGGAAAUAUUUAAAAAUACAACACAGAAAUAUACCAAAGAAAUGGGCACUAAGGUGUUGGCUACCAUACCUCUUGAUGGUAAUAUAACCGAUUGCUGUGAUAAUGGAAUUCCGAUGGUCCUCAAAUACAAAGAUAGUGAAUAUGCCAAAAGUUUUAAAUCGUUAGCUAUGAAUAUUUUAGAAAAACUGAAAGUGACCGAAGAAGAAAAUACGUAA